UUAGUUAAUCUGAAAAUGAGCUAGGAUAGUUCUGGCUAUACACCGAAAUAAGAAUCAGGCAGGGAGACGAGUGAGUAUUUGAGUAGUGAGUGUACUAAUCUGGCAAUCUGCUGAAAUUGCUCUCUAUUGCGGUUAAGAAAUGAUCUCAAACUGAAACCAUUUCAACUGGAAGAAGCGAAACCCUAGAUACAAGAUGUCAUCUGAUAGACACGCUUCUUCCUCCACUAUCUCUCCUGCUGAAGAAAACGAUCUGUUCCUUGAUAUUCUUCAUGAAGCCCCUUUAUUUGGUCAUCGCAAGCCUACAAACAUUGUCGGAAGUGUUUUCUACUGUCUUGUUCUGGCAAGUUAUGCUGCUUUGGCUGUGGGAGGACCGUGGAUAUUCCAUCAUAUACAAGAACUUGAGUCACCGUUGCUUUCUAGUAGCAGUGUUGCGCUUUUAUUCCUCACAGGGAUCUUCCAACAGUAUAUGGUUUACCAAGUCCAAAAGAUAAGAUUACAGGGUUACUAUAUGUUCAGCCAGAAGUUGAAGCAUAUAGUUCGCCUGCCUUUUGCAUCUACGGCAUAUGGAACUGCUGCAAUGCUACUUGUUUUGGUUUGGAAACCAUACAUCGGCAUUCUGUCCAUGUCCACAUUGCUCAGGAUCAUUAUGCUUAUUGAAGUAAUUUUUGCUGGUUUUUUCAUGAGUUUAUACAUUGGUUAUGUUCACCGGUAUAAUUCAUUGGAUUCUCAGCCUGAUGUGUUGAAGUCAUUGUAUUCUCCACUUCAACCAUCUAGUUCUUUGGAAGGAUUGAGGUACCAUGAUGGCAGCCGACUCUCUGAUCAGCAGAUGGCUCUGUUACAGUAUCAGCGAGAAAACAUUCACUUUCUUAGCGAGGAGAUUCUCCGACUGCAAGAAUGCUUAAGCAAAUAUGAAAAGUCUAGCGAUGGAAUUACACCUCAGGUUGAUCUUGCUCAUCUGUUAGCAGCUCGUGAUCAAGAACUAAGAACACUUUCAGCUGAGAUGAAUCAGUCACAGUCCGAGCUGACCCUUGCGCGAUCCUUAAUUGCUGAGAGAGACUCGGAGAUCCAACGGUUUUACACAACCAACAACCAGUAUGUUGAAGAGAAUGAAAGGCUGAGAGGUAUUCUUGCAGAAUGGAGUGCUAGGGCAGCUAAGCUGGAGCGAGCACUGGAGGUUGAACGAAUGUCCAACAUGGAGCUCCAAAAGAAGAUACUGAGGACGAAAAAGAAAACAAAGGAUGAAUUUGUGGAGCCGACGUAGCAUAUAUGUAGUUGAAUAUUGUGACAUGUUUGUUUCAUGUAAAGUUCUCUGUUUCUUUUUAUAUUUACCCCUUUUCUUGUCAUUGUAAGAGUUAUUUGAAAUUAGGUAAACAAACAUCAACGUGAAAGAGAGGGGAAAAAAAUGGUAUGGUAAAUACGUUUGUACAGUUUAAUUAGGCACAUAUGGUGGAAAUUUCAUUUAAUAUCCUAUCAGCAGAUGCAUGUUUUUUACAGCUCUA